CCCAGGCUUUUUCUCCUCCUCCAUCUCACGGCCAAUCACCCAUGGUUGUGAUCUCCCGCCGGCUAGAGCAGGCAGCCGUCGGCAGCCUAUUUCGCUACUCGCCAACACGAAAUGUUCAAUCACCAAACUCAAGCCGUCAUCUUUCCCCUCGUUCCUUGCCCGAUCCCCUCUUUCCUUGGCUCACUUCCAUCUACCGGGCUUUGGAUGAGUUCAGAAGGAAGCCCGAGAAAUGUGGAGAUAGUCUUAGGGUCUUACUUCAGAACUGCAUUUCGAACUUCUCCGAUGAUGAGCAAUACCGGGACGACGCCAGAUUUCUCAAGAUCUGCAUUCUUUAUGGGGACGUGACUCAAGACUUUAAGCGGAUUUUUGAGAUGAUGGAGGCGAAAGGGAUAUGCCAGGGGCAAUCGAUGCUGUUCGAGGCGUACGCGGCGUUUCUUAUCGCGAAAGGAGACUUGCUGGAGGCCAACAAAGUGUACAGGCUCGGCAUUUCGAGAAAUGCAGAGCCUCUAGAGAGGUUGAAGAGGAUGUAUGCCAUGUUCCUGAAACAUGUUGAGGAAAUUAUUCAGAAAGCUGCUCCUGAAUCUCAGGUUGACAAAAUUGUACAUGAAAGGCAGGACCAGUAUUGUGUAGAUCCUUGGUCAACUUCUGUAAUAGACAGCUUCCUGAAAAAGAAGGAAACCUGCAUAAAAAAAUAUGCUGGUUAUCAUGCUAGUAACAAGAUCUACUCAGGAAAAGCAUCCUUAUCAUCAUUACAAAGCUCCUCGAGGAAUAAAACACUUGAGCUAGGUGGUGAAAAGUACCAAAUCAAAGGUUGCUCAGGUGUAGGUAGAUUUGCUCAAGUUUAUAAAGCUUUUGUUGACAACAACCCUGAUGAUGUUGUUGCCCUGAAGAUUCAAAGGCCUGCUUUUCCUUGGGAAUUCUACAUGUAUCGUCUGCUUGAUGAGCGCAUUCGCUCUGAGGAAAGGUCAAGCUUCGGCUUUGCUCAUAGGGCGCACAUCUAUGCUGAUUCUAGCAUAUUAGUGACAGACUACUUGCCCCAUGGAACUCUUCAGGAUGCUAUAAAUUCACAUUUGGUUACAAAUAAAGUCAUGGAGGAGGUACUAUGCAUCCAUUACUCAAUAGAGAUGCUUCGCAUGUUGGAGACUUUGCAUAGUGUCGGUAUAAUUCAUGGUGAUUUUAAACCAGACAAUCUUCUUGUCCGUUAUUCUAGGGAAGAAUUGAGUGCAGAUGGAUUCAGUAGUAGAACUGGAAAUUGGGCCGACCAGGGUUUAUGCCUUGUGGAUUGGGGAAGGGGUAUUGACUUAGGCCUAUUUCCUGCUGGCACUAAUUUUAUUGGUGACUGCCACACUUCUGGCUUUCGCUGUGUUCAGAUGCAGGAAAAUCAGCCUUGGACAUAUCAGGUUGACACCUAUGGCCUUUGUGUUAUUGUUCAUAUGAUGCUUCAUGGAUCGUACCUGACCCUUGAAAAAAAGGCUAAACCCAACGGAAGUGAUCAUUAUCAGCCUAAAAAACCCUUUAAAAGGUAUUGGAAAGUUGAAUUAUGGAGUAAUCUCUUCUCCAGCCUUCUUAACAACCGAUCGAACGAAAGCGAUGUAAUGUUACUCCAGAGCUUAAGGAAGUCUUUUGAGGAUCACAUAUGCAACAAUCAACAGAUGAUAAACCAGCUGAAGCACCUAUUAGCCAGGCAAAAGUCCUCUUUGGGCUUAACUUGAUGAGAUUUGUUAGGAAUGGAUGAGGUUCUUGUCCAGGUUCUACUAUUUCAGAUUAUUCAACCAUUUUUUUUAUAUAAAUUCUAUGUUUAUUAGUUUUAGGAUACAUUUGAAUUCCAUGGACAUACUAUAUUACUAUGCCCAUUAUUGCAAAUGAAGGG